AUGGCCGACGACACCAAAGGCACUGGGACCUUCGAGCCCGAUGCGAAACACGGCCUCGAAGUGACGGCAUCCAAAUCCUCCUCCGAUGGCAACAACCCCGUCGCUAUUGAAGGCCAAACAGAGCACCUCCCGACGUUCGAGCAUGAAAAGAGACUCGCACUCAAGUUCGACAUCCGCAUCCUGCCCAUGCUAGCCGUCAUGUAUCUCUUCAAUGCACUCGACAAGGGCAAUUUGGGCAAUGCGAAGACAGACGGCAUGGACAAGGAUUUGCAUUUCAAGUCGGGCCAGUACAAUACCAUGUUGAGCAUCUUCUUCGUCCCGUACGUGCUGUUUGCGCCGCCGAUUGCGAUGGCGGGAAAGAAGAUUGGGCCGAACCGGAUGUUGCCGAUUCUGAUGUUUUGCUUUGGAAGCAUGACGCUGUUAGCCGCGUCUGUGAAGAAUUUCGGCGGCAUGAUGGCUUUGCGGUGGUUCUUGGGUAUGUCGGAAGCCGCAUUCUUCCCACUGGUCAUCUACUACCUCACCACCUUCUACCGUCGCGGUGAACUUGCCCGUCGCCUCGCCCUCUUCUAUGCCGCCUCCAACAUCGCGAAUGCCUUUUCCGGCCUCCUCGCAUUCGGCGUCUUCCACAUCAAAGAUUCGAAGCUCGAUGCGUGGCGCUACCUCUUCAUCAUCGAGGGUACCGCCACCAUCCUCGUCGCCUUCUUCGCCUACUGGUGGCUCCCCAAGUCCGCCUACGAAGCAAAGUUCCUCACCGAAGAAGAAAAGAAGCUCGCCUUCACCCGCAUCCAAAUCGACUCCUCCGCCAUCGUAGGCGAGAAAUUCGUCCUCAAAGACGCCCUCCAAAUCUUCAAGCUCCCCUCAACAUACGGCUUCCUCGCCAUCGAAAUCUGCCUGGGCGUCCCCCUCCAAUCCGUCGGCCUCUUCAUGCCACAGAUCAUCAACGCCCUCGAAAAAGACGUCGUACAAGUCAACCUCAAAACCGUCGCCCCAAACUGCGUAGGCGCCGUCUUCCUCCUCAUCCUCGCCUUCGCCUCCGACUACUCGCGCAUCCGCUUCCCCUUCAUCGCCCUAGGCUUCGCCCUCACCUUCUGCGGCUUCAUCAUCUUCGCCGCCAUCGACGUCCCGUCGCACCUUUCCACCGCCUACUUCGCAGCCUUCAUGAUGGUCUGGGGGACCUCCGCGCCGUCCGUCCUGCUCUCCACCUGGUACAAUAAUAACAUCGCGCACGAGGGGCGUCGCGUAACGCUCACCUCGGUGGGCAUACCGCUUGCCAACCUAAUGGGCGUGGUAUCCUCUAAUAUCUUCCGCGACGAGGACAAGCCUAAGUAUGUGCCUGCACUGGCGACGACGGCUGCGUUCGGCGCGACGGGGUGCUGCAUUGCGUUGCUGCUGGGGAGUUAUAUGAUAUUCGAUAAUCGGCGGAGGAACAGGAAGCAGGGGGUCAACCUGACUGCGCGGGACGUGAGCACUGCGAUUUUGAGGGAGGGGCCGAAUAGUGCGGAUUUUAGGUGGUUUUUGUAA